AUGUCACUAAUCAGUGACCCAGACUAUCUCAUUCAUUCCCUGCGCCUGAACUAUCUGCGCAACGUUGAUGACCCCUACGGACCCCGCCUCAUCUCGCUCGAUCCUUCAUACGAUGCGAACCCCUACAUCUACGCCGCGGGCCUCUCCGACGUCGAGAAAUGGCCCGAGCUCGCCGUGCCGUCCAGUCCCGCGCCAAGCGACGACGAAGGCGACCCAAGCAGGCCCGGAGGGCGGAAGUUCGGCGCGACGGGCUUGAAGUACACCACGACGAUCAUGGGCCCGAGCAGGGUGGGUGGGAUGGGCUUGCGGGUGAAUGGGAAGAGGGCGUCGGCAGCAUCCAAGAACUCGUAUAGGUUCUCGAUCCGCUCGGCGACGGAGGUGGGCCCGAGCGUGCCCCCUGGGGAGAAGAGCGCCAUGGAGGCAGCGCAGGACGCACCAGCGUCACCAUCGAAGCGCAGCGCGGCGGACGGGCCGGAUGGGGCUGCUAAUGGUAUGUUUGCGCCUGCCUCCGACACGACUGCUGGUGCAGAGGAGCAGAAGGAGCCGCAGAAGACUAUAUCGCCGGAGUUCCACCCUCGAUUCAAGGGCGCGGCGGAGAUGGAGGCAAGACGCAAGCUGCGGAUGCUCGCGAGGGCGCAGCCGCCUCCUACGGCGGCCCGCCCUCCACCAUCGACCCAGUACAUCUACCCGGAGCUGUCGUCCUCGGAGGAUGAGUCGGAGGAUGAUGUGGACGAAGACAUACCGGAGGACGAGGAUGAAGAUGAGUUCGAUAUGGUUCCGGAAGUGGACGACGCAAUCGACAUAGAUGGCGAGGAAUUCGAUCCUGACUUCGCAGCAAGUCGUGGCCUCAGCGGAGACCUCGACAUGCACACUGAUAGCGAUGGCGUCUCCAUCAUGUCCGGCACCAACUCCAUCAUGUCCACCUCCGAGGCGUCCUCCAUGGUCGGCUCCUCGCUGCCCCAAGGCAGCAGCUCUCGUGUGCGCAGCCGACUUAGCCCUGUGCGGGAGGGCCGGCACAGCGAGGAGACCUCCGUCGAAGCGCUGCCCGAGCGGCCAGAGGAAUCCGCGCCCAUCGAGCUCGGCUUCGACAUGGUCAUCCCUGCGCCCAAGGCGGACAAGGCGAAGGCUCCCGGCUUCCUCGCCCCGCCGACCAAGCGGGCGUUGGGCCCCUCGAGCGCGCCGGGCGAGAACCCAUUCGCGCGUCGCCCCGUCCCGUCUGCGCGCCCGGGCCAGUCCGCGCUGAGCGCGAUGCUCGCGGAAUCGUCGGGCUCGUCGUCGAGCAAUCCGUUCACGGAGCUUUAUAGCGCGAUCGCGGCCCGCUCUGAUUCGGAAAGUAUGGUAGUGAACGUGUACUUCCCGCAUGUGCGCAAGCCUGCGGGCAAGCCGCUCGAGCUGAAGGUGCGGAAAGACGCGUCAGUGGAGGAGGUGCUUGGCUUUGCAUUGUGUACUUACUGGGAGGAGGGGUGGUUACCGAAGAUUGACGAGGGCUUGCAGGGAGAGGAGGAUCCGAAGUGGGAGAGCAGAUGUUCGGCGGUGGGUUGGGUGAUGCGGAUUGCGGAGGAUGACGGAGAGGUGGACGAGGACUUCCCGCCGCCGGAUCGCACGGGCAGGAUAUCGAAGUUCAACUUCGAUGCUUAUGCUGUGCUUGAAGCGAGUCAAGCGCAAGUCCAACAAAACAAGGUGCUCGAGUCCAAGAUCCAGCGGCGCGCUUCCCGCAUCGUCAUCAAGAAGAAGAAAUCCACAGGCCUGCUCAACAACAUCGGGGCGGCGAACGCCCUCGCACUACCAACCGAAACGCUGCUCGGGACGAGCGCCGGCCUGAGCUCGCUCGCGUCCUCCUUGGGCAUGUUCCCCAGCUCACUCGGCCCCUCGACGAGCCACGGCCCGCCCCAGUUCCUGCGGAUCAGGAUUGCGGACACGGCGGAUGCGGGGCACGUCUCGACGACUAUCCAAGCCUCUGGUGGCAUGUACAUGGCGGAGGUGCUCGAAGCGGUCUGCCAGAAGCGCAAGCUGAGCAACCCGAAGGACUACGCGCUCGUGCUUGACCACGGCGCGAUGAAGGUGUACAUCCCACUGGACCGGACGGUGAAGAGUCUGCAGGGCAAGCGCGACCUCAUCCUCAUGAAGCGGACCAUGCUCCAGAACUACGGGGUUGAGAUGAAUACGGGCUCGGGGAGGACGACGGAUCCGAAUGCGUCUAUCCUCAAGCGGCAAUCGGAAGUCAUCGACACGCCGUUCAACUCGAUAUUCGACCCGACAAAUGCGUAUAAGAAAUAUACUGUGUACCGCAAGGUUCCUAUGCUGGUCACGCGCAGCGCACGGUUGCUCGCUAUCGACGGAGGCUACCUUCACAUCAUACCCAUGUCGAACAAGGCCAAGCACGUCUUCGAGAGCGGCAAGACAUCCUCGUACCACCUCAAGAGUGUUGUAGCCUGUCAGCAGUCGAGCAAAAACAGCUCCACGUUCAAGCUAGUCGUCCGCGGCAACGCGGAGAGGAAUAAACGCUAUGACUUUGAGGCUGAGAGCGCCAAGCUAGCUGCCGAGAUCGUGCAAACAAUACGGUCACUGAAAGUGGCAAUGGAGAGGCCCGGGACCAUCAAACAGUCGCGCAGGAGUAGGCAUGUCGGAUAG